CUUACAUAGCACAGAUGUCACUUGACGUACGUUUUCAAGCGCUACUUGCGAUUGAGCGAACGCGGUGACAAGUGUGUGGAUAUAUUUUUUAUUUUUUUUUUUUAUGAUUAUCGCUGGUCACUGAUCGGCACUUGUACGCGAUUAUGGCUUUCGUAUUCAGCGCUUCCGGCACUGUACAGAGGCUACAAAGGAUUUUCCAGAGAGCUUAUUCGGAUGCCAAAUAUCCUCAAAUCACAACUCAUUACACAGUAAUACCCAGGGAGACAGAUUCAAGAUGGAAAGAUGUAAAUAUGGAGAGGUAUGUGGACGAAACCGACAUUUUAAUUGUUGGUGGCGGACCAGCUGGAUUAUCGGCAGCUAUUCAGGCUCGUCGAUUGGCAGAGAAGUAUGGCAAGGAACUCAGAGUUACUCUUGUUGAAAAGGCAUCUACAAUCGGUGGACAUAUUCUUAGUGGUGCCUGUUUGGAUCCAAUUGCAAUGAAUGAGCUCUUUCCAAAUUGGAAAGAAUUAGGUGCACCGCUAAAUACUCCUGUUACGGAAGACAAAUUUGCAUUUCUUACGGAAAAGAAAAGAAUAUCUAUACCUAUUUUUAAAGGAAUGCCAAUGUAUAAUCAUGGAAAUUAUAUAGUAAGAUUAGGACACGUUGUGGCAUGGCUUGGUGAACAAGCAGAAGCUGCUGGGGUCGAAAUGUAUCCUGGUUACGCCGCAUCAGAAGUCCUAUAUCAUGAAGAUGGGUCAGUCAAAGGAGUAGCUACAAAUGAUGUUGGUAUUGCUAAAAAUGGUUCACCCAAAGAUGUAUUUGAACGGGGCAUGGAACUUCAUGCAAAAUGUACCAUAUUUGCAGAAGGCUGUCACGGUCAUCUGACAAAACAAUUGUCAAAGAAAUUGAAUCUUAGGAAAGAUUGUGAGCCGCAGACAUAUGGCAUUGGAUUAAAAGAGGUUUGGGAGAUAGAGCCAAGCAAACAUAAACCUGGAGCAGUUGAACAUACAGUUGGCUGGCCACUUAAUAGAAAUACAUAUGGCGGAUCAUUUUUAUAUCAUCUGAAUGAAGAAAUACCUCUAGUUGCUGUAGGCUUUGUUGUAGGAUUGGAUUAUACCAAUCCCUAUCUAUCUCCAUUCAAAGAGUUUCAGAGGUUUAAACAACAUCCCAGUAUUAGACCAACAUUUGAAGGAGGAAAAAGAAUAGCUUACGGUGCUAGAGCAUUAGUGGAAGGUGGAUUCCAAUCCAUUCCCAAGCUUCAAUUUCCUGGUGGUUGCCUUAUCGGAUGUACGGCAGGUUUUCUAAAUGUGCCCAAAAUUAAAGGAACUCAUAACGCUAUGAAAAGUGGCAUGUUGGCUGCAGAAAGCGUUGUUGAAGCGAUUAUAGACGCAGAAAAUAAUAUUUCAUCGACGAAAGGUUUAGAACCGAAAACAUAUACAAAUAAAAUAAAAAAUAGUUGGAUCUAUAAGGAACUGAAAGCUGUAAGAAACAUGAGGCCCAGUUUCCAUUCUUCUCUUGGACUUUACGGUGGCUUGAUGUAUUCAGGAUUUUCCAUGUUAAUGGGUGGAAAGGAGCCGUGGACUUUUUCCCAUGGAGGACCUGAUUAUAAGAAGCUGAAAUCUGCAGCUGAGUCGACGCCCAUAGAAUAUCCUAAACCGGAUAAUGAAGUGUCCUUCGAUCUUCUAUCAUCAGUGGCUCUAACCGGUACCAAUCACGAAGCUGAUCAACCAGCCCAUUUAACUUUAAUGGAUGAUACUAUUCCAGUGAAGAGAAAUCUAGUUGAAUUUGCUGGUCCGGAAGGGCGAUUUUGUCCUGCUGGUAAGUUAAUUUAUGCAUGAUUUAUUUUACUUUAGUAAAUACAUCAGUAGAAUACUAUUGUUGCUAUUAACAUUGUUUAUGAAUUCUACGCUGCAGAAUGUAGAUGCAUUAUCUUCUGACAAAUUACCUUAAUACCAAUGAUAAUAGAUUUAAAUUAAGAAAUUUUAUAGAUGUUUUUUUUUAAAUUUAUUUAUUCCUUUUUUUGUGUAAUGAAUGCAUAUGAAUUACGUGUUUGAACCAAAGAAGUCAAAUCCAGCUAAGAAAGUUUCUUCAAAAUAACCUAUUAAAACACAAUAACAAAAUAAACUAUUUUACUAAUUGAAUAGAUUUUAAUGAUAAAAAUUAUAUUCUCUUGCACGGAUACAUUUAGCGAGUUUAUUUCGCGAAAAAGUAUUGAUCUCUAAAAAGAACGGUUAGAUAUAAGAAAAUAUGUUUAUAUUUGUCUCACCAUUCUAUUUGUCUCAUUUGUUUAUUUAUUUUUAAUGAGCUUUUUACAUUCGGGAGCAUGUUUAAUUUUUUUUGGAUACUUAAGCUAAGCAUUGUUUACAUUGGAGAGCAUGUUUAAUUUCCUUUUGAAUACUAAAGCUAACUUUGCAGCAUUACAAUUUCUGAAGGAAGUAUAUUAAAUAAAAAAACAAUCUUUAAAAACUUUUGUGUUUCCAAGAAAUUAACUAAUAAUUACGUUAAUAAAUUUAUUAAUUACAAAAUAUAAAUGUAUUUCACAGUUAUCUCUUAUUUGUUUGUGCUUGAUUUGAAUUAGAUGUAUUUAAUAAAAUACAAGUAUUUGUUCCGCGCGAAUGCUAAAAGCGCUUAUUAAUUGAAAUCAAUUUACUCAAGAAUGUUUAAAAAGCUUAGGUUAUUGGUAUAAAUAGAAAAAUUCAAUACAUUAUGAUGAAAAAAUAAAUUUACUGCAUUGCGAAGUUUGUUCCGCGUAAUUUUAUACUCUACUACUUUUAUUUCAUUUCAUUUUUUAAUAUUGAAUAGACACAAAAAAUUUUAAAGUAAUUUUUUUGAAUUUUUUCCGGUAGACAAAUUGCUUGCUAUGUAUCCAUUGAAAAAAGGUGAAGUCCGUUUUAGGAUCUGUUAUUAAAAUUUGUUGAGGUAAACAUAAAAUUUAUUAUAUUUGCAAUGAAUCUAUUUAGCUUUCAACAUUUUUAUUUCUUACGUACAUAUAUGAUUUUAUCAAAUAUUCGUGUAAAGUCGUGUAUGCAUGUAAGAAGUAAAAAAGUUGAAAGCUAAAUAGAUUUAUUACAAUUAUAAUAAGUUUUACGUUUAACUCAGCGAAAAGCGAAUUUAUAUUAAUAUGUUUAAUAAAACAUAUAACUAAUAUAAAUUCUCUUGUUCGCGAAAAUCUCUUUUAUGUAAAAUUAUUCGGCAUUUUAAGAAUAUUACGAAGCGAUCAAUUUUGUCCGCGAUAAAUUUCCGCAGUCUGCAGGCAAUCCAGCUCCUUCCUCUUCCGCCCUCAAACCAUGUCUCCGUCCCCUCCCUUUUUCCAGUCUUGUCGGGGGUUUAUCGACCGUUGUGUCCUUGAACCUGAGCCACCCGGACAACCCCCGCAUGGCUAGACAACCCCGGACCAAGCUCAAUCCCCAAAAUCGAACAGCGCUCUGUAGCUCCGGCCAACAACCUUGCCGCCGAUUUAUCCUUUCUCUCUUUGUUCUUUGACAAUUUCUAUCAUUGAUCCUGUAAUAUAUCAUUAAUAAUGAAAGGUGUUUCGAUUUAUUCAUAGAAUUAGUCAUUGAUCUUUUAAAAUUUGUAGUAUAUUAUCAUAACAUGGAUGUAAUUUCUCAUAUUACAUAUAAGUUGCCUUAUGUACGCAACGCAAAAAUAAUUUUGCUGAAUUAAAGAAGUUUAUUCUCUUUUCAUAAGACAUAUUUAAUAAAAGAGAAUAAACAUACCUUUAGUUCAGGAAAAUUAUUUCUGCGUCACAUACAUAAUGCAACUCUAAUUAUCAUUAAAUUUAAUAAUAUUAUAUAAUUAUACUACGGAAAAUUGUCGAGCUGUUGUUGCUGCAAUACGAGAAAUUCAAAGCCAGUACUACAUUCACAGUACAAAAACUGGGAUUGAAUUAGAGAUAUAUAAUAAGAAACGCAAGGAUCGUCAUUGCUACGAGAAAUUACAUUAGUAUGUUUGUAUAGACAGCGAU